GUUGGCUGGCUGAUUGAGGUGUUUAUUUUACACAAUUUUUCCCAAAGACCAAGUUCCCUUGUUUUCCCGAUUUUCCUUCGAUAUUUUCUCCAAUGGUUUUCUAAACUGUGAGUUUUCUACAAACUAUGAAAUUAUUAUUUCUUUCCUGAAAUUCCUGAUCUGACAACCUUGCGUUAAUUAUUCCAAGUAAUUCCAACCGACAGUAGUAUCAUGGUUCUAUCAGAUAAGAUUACACUUUAAAAUAUUAAUAUCGUACUCUUAAAUAGUUCCUGAAUUUAUUAUUAUGAAGGAUGCCCCACGAACAGAGUUAUAUUCAAAAUAUGUCACAAUAUUCAUUGUGGUAUCUUGUUAUUGGAUUGUGUCAAUAACGACAGUAUUUGUAAAUAAGACACUGCUCAGCAGCAAGUCGGUAGCUUUGGAGGCACCCUUGUUCAUCACAUGGUUCCAAUGCAUAGUGUCAUUUAGCAUAUGUUUUAUACUGAGCAAGACCAAAGGAAUCCCUGGGGUGUUUGAUUUUCCAAAAGGCUCACCAUGGAGUAUAGAUGUUUUCAAAAAGGUUGUCCCACUGUCAGUAAUGUUUACAUUGAUGAUAGCAACCAAUAAUCUAUGCCUUAAGUAUGUUGGUGUCUCUUUCUACUACAUCGGGAGAUCACUCACUACGGUUUUCAAUGUGAUCUUCAGCUGGCUGUUGCUGGGUCAAGCCACUUCCAUUAGAUGUAUGACAUGCUGCGCAUUUAUCGUUUUUGGAUUUUAUCUUGGGGUGGACCAAGAAUCUUUGUUAGGAUCAUUUUCAUUAAUUGGCACAAUAUAUGGUGUCGUUGGUUCUCUUAUGCUAUCUCUCUACUCUAUCUUCACAAAGAGGGUACUCCCUCAUGUCAACCAAGAGGUGUGGCUACUGUCAUACUACAAUAAUGCAUAUUCCAUAAUCAUAUUCCUGCCUUUGAUGGCAUUGAAUGGAGAAUUUUUGGAAUUGGUGUGCUACUCACACUUUAACAGUCUAGUUUUUUGGUGGCAAAUGCUUAUAGGUGGUAUUUGUGGGUUUGCCAUUGGAUAUGUCACAUCAUUGCAGAUUAAGGUUACAUCUCCACUGACCCACAAUAUAUCAGGCACAGCCAAAGCAUGCGCUCAAACUGUGAUGGCUACACAAUGGUACAAUGAAACCAAGAAUUAUUUAUGGUGGACUUCCAACAUAAUAAUAUUAGGCAGCAGUGCACUAUAUGCUAGGUUCAAACAGCAAGAAAUGGAGGUCCAAGCUAGAAAACCACAAGAAGAAAAACGUAGUAUAGUAUGAUAGUUGUGGCAAUAAUUUGUAUUUAUAAGACUAGACUGAUUAACUGAAUGACAAAAGAAUUACCUAACAAUUUUGUAACUGUGCCUUUAUUUAUAGUACAGUCGAUACCACAUAAACCUACCCAAAUUAAUUGCUUAGCACAAGGUCACUUGACAUGCAGCUGACAUAAAUGUAAUAGACAUAAUUGUAAAUAAUUUAAAUAAAUUCUACUAAUUCUUAAACUGAAACUUGUGCUCUUAACUUUUUUGAUAGAAAUGAAGCUAUUGCUUUGUAUUUAGAAAUAGAAUACACAUUAUUAUGUUCUUCUGGAUCAUUCAUAUGAUCAUACAAUUCUAUUCCAUAUGUUAUAUUCCAGUUCCUUGUAAAUAAUGUACUAUUAAAAGAUAUCCAUUCUGUGUA